AUUUAAAAAUGAUCGAAUAAAAGGAAUAGUUUCAUUCCAACAAUCACAUUCGUGUGACAUUCGUGAUAGUAACAAUGUACAGUAAAAUUAUAUUUGUAAUAAUUUUGAAUAUCUAUGAAAUUAGUCAUGCUCAUAUCAUAGAUACUCCUUAUACUGAAAACGAUUAUAUUGAUCAAUACAUUGAUUAUAACAUUAGUGAAUGCGUUGUUUAUGAUAAACAGUGUAAUCCAAAUCUCAGAACUCCAUGUUGUGAAGAAAGUAGCGAAUGCCAAGCAAUAACUUGGAAUUCAUAUAAAAGUUCAUUUUUAUGUUUGCAACCGGCGCUUAUAGGAGAUUCUUGUCGAACCGAUAUAGAUUGCUUGAAUAUGUUUGAUUUGUAUUGUAAUAAGGAUAAAAAAUGUCAAUGUACAGAUAAUUUAGUUCCAUUAAAUUCAACAACUUGUGGGAAACUCACAAGUGGAUUUUGUUUGAACGAUACGGACUGUUCUAUUGAAAAUUCUACUUGCAUUAAUUAUAAAUGUGAAUGUAAACCUUUUUUCGAAUUAAAUUUUGACAAUCAAUGUGUGCCAACGGUUUUGGGAAAAUCCUGUUACAGUGAUUACCACUGUAAAGAUUCGAUGCAUUUUAAAUGUUCUAACAAUAAAAAGUGUACUUGUAAAGAAAACAGAAUUGUCAUAAAUAAUGCCACAUGUGCCCCGCUUUUAGAUGAAUUUUGUUGGAGUAAUGAACGAUGUGCACCUCAUAAUUCUAUUUGUUUUAAUAAUAAAUGUCAGUGUAAAGCUCAUUACAAAGCUAUAUCUAAUUAUGAAUGUAAAGAGAUUAAAUUUGGAAAACCUUGUGAAAAAAAUAAAGAUUGUGGAAAUGUAUUGGAAAAUUUUAAAUGCUCAGACGAUAAAAAAUGUUUAUGUAAGGAAAAUUAUACUUAUAUUGAUGAUUUAUGUUUACCAUCUUUGGAAGAAUUCUGUCGGAGUAACGAACGAUGUGCACCUGACAAUUCUGUUUGUGCUGAUCAUAAAUGUCAGUGUAAACCUAAUUAUAUAUCUGUAUCUAAUCAUACAUGUAUACCAAAUUCCAUCGUUCAAAAUUGUGAAAUUAAUGCAGAUUGUACAUUAGUAAAACAUGCACAUUGUUCGGAAAAUAAUAAAUGUGUUUGUAAAACUGAUUUUAUUUCACACGAUGGAUCAAGUUGUUUACAAAUUUUAAGUGGAUUUUGUUCAGGUGAUGAACAUUGUGCGAUUGAAAAUUCUGUUUGCAUCAAUAGUAAAUGCGAAUGCUCUAAUAACACUAUACAGAUCAAUGGUAAAUGUGUAUAAAGUAAAUUAUUUUCUUUUAUGUAUUGUAUUUGAACGAGUAAAGAUGAAAAAUAAAAAUUUAAAGAAAAAGGAGAGGACAAGACAGGUCCAUUAGGGAUUCUAUUUAUUUAUUUCUUUAUUUAUUUAAUUCAAUUUAAGCUAAGUCACAUUACAACUAAAAAAUUAAUUCUAUUCAUUUGAAGAAAAACAAAAAAAUAGAUUAUUAAAUAAUCAAUCACAAAUAGAUAUUGCGCCAAAUUGCUUAUAUGGAUACUCCAGUAUGGGUUUGAAAAACGCUGAAAAGAGAUGUAUCAGAGUAGUGACAUUCUUGAACUCUUUGCUUGCUCUACGGAUAAACUUAAGACUUCGAUAGGCACGAAGUGUUAUGCUAUUAAUAUGUUCAGAGAAAUUUACUAUGUCAUCAAUCACGCCAAGGUCUUUUAUGGUUUUAACUGUGGAUAACUUGUCCAUCAAAUAGAUAUACUGCAAGCAGUUGGUUAUGUGACUAUGAAAAAAAGAUAAUUGCAUAUUUCUUCAAGUUUAUUGACAAUUUAUUAUUCUUCUUGCACCAAAUCUCAAGUUCAUCAAUGUCUUGCUGAAAGACAUACUGAUCUCUUUCAUUACUAACUUCUCUAUAUAUCUUCAUGUCAUCUGCAUAUAAUUGCAGAUUUUAAUUAGAAUAAAAUUUUAUUAGUUUACUAAAAAAAUAACUAAACCAGAAGGCGAAUCGCCAAGUCUCCGUUUUGAAGAGCAAUGUUGUGUAUAAGUAAAAUAAAAAAAUGAAUAAUUGUAAAUAAUAAAUUUCUUUAUAU